GUUUCAUCUGCCGACAAGCAGCAUAUCUGUGGCUUCGUCGGCUGCGAAAAGCGCUUCAAGCGCCUCGAACACCUCAAGCGUCACCACCGUACCCACACGCAGGAGCGACCUCAUGAAUGUCCAGUUCCUGAAUGCAGGAAGCUGUUUGGACGGUCCGACAACCUGACGCAGCAUCUCAAGACGCAC